AUGGCCAGCAACCAGGCUAGCAUACAGGAGGAUCAGAGCAGGCACUGCAAGUUCCUAUCCUACAUGUUCUACCAGGCUGUCAGAGAUCACAAGCCUGUGUGGAUGCUAGAAGACAUGAGGACUAUGGAGUAUUUUUACUGGGAGGAAAAUGCCAGCUUGAGGACUUACUCCCCUUCGGAAGCCCUGCUGUAUGCAGUGGUGCACAAUCACCUGCCUUAUGCCCAGUAUCUGCUGUCUCAUUUUCCAGAGGAGGCUCUCAAAGUCCCAGGAGAAAAUUUCUGCUGUUGCCCAUCCUCUGCCCCUCACCUGGCCAUGGCUGUAACAUAUGACAGGAGAGAUAUUUUGGGGCUGAUCAUCAGCAUUGCACACAAACUGCCGAGUUUGAACUCCUACAUCAACAGAACCGGCUGCUUUCACCUGGAAGAUGGUAAGACCCCUCUGCAUCUUGCCUGUGAGCUCCUGAGGUCCGAGACAGUCCUCACCCUUCUAGGGAAUGGGGCCUCUCCCAGGAUAGAGGACAGUAAAGGGCUCACCCCUCUGGAUGUCAUCCUGGAGCAGAUGUGGGAGUCCAGAGUCAAUGUAGCCUCCAAAAAACUCUGCCUUGAUUACCUCUUACUAUUCAUGCCGAAUCCCCGGUUCAAGAUGCGUGAGUUCCUACAAGAACAUGCAGAGCACUGGACUCUUCUGCUAGGGGAGGACAAGUUCAACAGCCUAGUGGGGAACAUACCUGCAUCCUUAUACCUGCAAGCUAUGCAAACUAUUCUCCAAACUCUCCCCCCCUCCCAUUUUCCUAAAAGCAUCCAGGAACUCCCUAUACCUCAGGCACUAAAGCCCUUGCCUUGUAUGAGCAAACAGCAUCCAACAAAAAUAUGGUAA